AUGGUCUUCCCAGGACGGUAUAGCACUGGGUGUCAGCGCUGCCGCCAGCGCAAGAUCAAGUGCGACGAGACUAGGCCAUCGUGCAGACGCUGUUAUCUCUAUGGCAAGCCGUGUCCCGGCUACAGCGAUCAGUUCCAUUUUCGCAUACAUGCUGCCAGCUCCAAGGUUACAACACCGCCAAAGGAGGAACUUCCCGAUACACAACAGCCCCGUCGACGGUCUACUUCGCAGCAAAAAGAUGCCACUGGUGUAGUUGUCAAAAACAGCGGGACGCAAGUGUCGCUUGCGCCGUCGCUCGCCAUCUCAUACGAUGAGGUUUCACUUUGCUACUUCAUUCGUCGUUUUGUCACGCCAUGCGAGGCAAAAGACAAUUUCCCCGGCCACCUGAGUUUCCUUCCUAGUCUCUACAGGCACCACGACCAUGGCAUCUUGGAGCUUGCAACGCUCGCAGUCGCCCAGAUGGCGGCCUUUAAUCAAUUCGGCGGCAACACCUUUCGCCUACAAUCUUAUCAGAACUAUGGGCGCACCGUCGCGGUGUUGCGCAACUGCAUCCAAAACGAGAUUGACAUCACUGACGAUAGAGUCCUCGCUUCAGUAAUACUGCUGUGCUUGUUCAAGGAUAUCAGCGGAGAGGACUGGGGCGACCCUUGCGAGCAUGCUUCGGGUCUGUACUAUCUCCUGGAGAGAAGAGGCAUCGAGCAGCUUUGCACCAACAGAGGCUUCGAACUAUUCAUGUUGGCUCUAAUAAAACUACAAGUAUACUCGUUCCUUAGAGGAGAUGACAGGUAUGGCGAUCCCGGAAGUCUAGUCGCGUCGCUCAGUGUGUUCGAUCCGAUGAUGCGCGCCAUGUCACUGAUGACCAGAAGCGUCUCUCUUCGGCGCAGUCUGAUGAUGUGUGAGGAGGUCACAAGUGCGCCUGAAGGACAAGACGAGGCGGGUUGCCUGUCAAGCGAUCAUCUCGACAAUACCGCGCACGAAUCUUCAAUUCUUCUAGAGUGCUUCAAAGCACUCGACGAGUUUGAUAGCUGGGAUGCCGAGGCCGGGGCAUACUGGAAACAGAUAUUUGAAAGCCGCGGUGCGCCACCCGGACUGGGUGAGGUCGCGACCAAGGGGGGCUUCUAUGACCCUGAAACAGCGUGCACCAUCAUAUUAGUCCGAUCCGCGCGGCUUGUCCUGUUGCUGAGCAUUCUGGAAUAUUGGCAGCGUGCCAUUGGCCUGAAUGUCACUGAAGAAGGUGCUUGUAGCAAGUCUGUCGUAUCGGCUGAGCUUGUAUCAUUUCUGGAGCAAAAUACUCGCUCCACGAUUGAUGACAUGGUCUCAUUGGUGCCUUUCGCAUUAGGGGAUGUGGACUCUGAUGGAAAAGCCGUCUCGUUGCCGCACGAAGGGGCUCCCGCGCUUAUCAUCUUGCAACCGAUGAGGCUAGUCACAUAUUGUCCAUACGCAACGGAUCAACAAAGGGCAUAUGGCCGCCACAUACUAGAUCGCUUGAAUCUAGGUAUCGGGGUACGGUCUGCUGUGUCGUGGGAGCAGACUAGAUUCAACACUGUAAGACAUCCUGAGGGACCCCUGGAGACUGGUGCUAGUACUCCUUUGGUGUCAUCUUGUGAUAUAAUGACAUAG